UAGAUCUUCUUCUCCCCCGGCACCUGAGCACCGUCAACUGCAUCCCGAAUUCCGCUUCCGAUCUAUAUGCCACUGUAACUCGCAGGUUUCAGUAGCAGUGCAACGGGAGGGGAGAGAGAGGAGGAGCAGCGAGCGCGUGGAGCGGCGAAGAUGGACAGCCGAAAGGUUGUCGUCUGCGAUAACGGCACUGGAUAUGUGAAGUGUGGAUUUGCUGGAGAUAACUUUCCCACAUCUGUAUUUCCAUGCGUGGUUGGAAGGCCAUUGCUUAGAUAUGAAGAAUCACUGGUGGAGCAGGAACUAACGGACAUUGUUGUGGGAGCUGCUUGUGCAGAAUUUCGCCACCAACUAGAUAUAUCUUAUCCAAUCAAUAAUGGGAUUGUGCAAAAUUGGGAUGACAUGGGGCAUGUAUGGGAUCAUGCAUUUUACAGUGAACUUAAGAUAGAUCCAAGUGAAUGUAAGAUAUUACUCACAGAUCCACCUCUCAAUCCUUCAAAAAACCGUGAGAAAAUGAUAGAGACCAUGUUUGAGAAAUACAACUUCAGUGGUGUCUUCAUUCAGGUCCAGGCGGUUCUAACGCUAUAUGCCCAAGGAUUGCUGACAGGUCUUGUUAUUGACUCUGGUGAUGGUGUCACACAUGUGGUGCCUGUUGUUGAUGGAUAUUCUUUUCCACAUCUGACAAAGAGAAUGAAUGUUGCUGGAAGGCACAUAACUUCCUAUCUUGUUGAUUUGCUAUCUCGUAGAGGGUAUGCCAUGAAUAAAUCUGCAGAUUUUGAAACUGUAAGAGAAAUAAAGGAGAAACUUUGUUACAUCAGCUAUGACUACAAGCGUGAGUAUCAACUUGGACUUGAAACCACAAUUCUUGUCAAGAACUAUACUCUCCCAGAUGGAAGAGUUAUUAAAAUAGGCACAGAAAGAUUUCAAGCUCCUGAGGCUCUUUUUACUCCUGAACUUAUUGAUGUCGAAGGUGAUGGCAUGGCAGAUAUGGCGUUCCGUUGCAUUCAGGAAAUGGACAUUGACAAUAGGAUGAUGCUCUACCAACAUAUUGUUCUCAGUGGAGGGAGUACCAUGUAUCCUGGAUUACCUAGUCGCUUGGAGAAGGAAAUUCUGGAUCGCUAUCUUGAAAAUGUACUCAAGGGAAAUAAGGAUGGAUUGAAGAAACUAAGGUUAAGAAUCGAGGAUCCUCCGAGAAGGAAACACAUGGUUUACCUUGGAGGUGCUGUCCUUGCUGGAAUCAUGAAGGAUGCACCUGAGUUCUGGAUAACGAGGCAAGAGUACCAGGAAGAGGGAGUUGGAUGUUUGAGAAAAUGUGGCCAGGUGUAACUCGAACAAAAAGCAACCUUUAACCCGCAAACUUGCUCGACAGUGCUGAACCUUCCUAUAGUUCUGUUUCUGUUCAUUGUGCUCUAAACAGAAUAUACUUAUUUGCGUUAACAUUAUGGAUAUUGGUUGGCGUUUCAUAACAAUCAUAAUCACCAUAUAUUCAUGUUCCACGGCAUGAUUCUUGUGUU